AAUAAAAAUCAGCAGCAUUGAACGUUUAAAUCCUGUUCUUGUUAAUAUGAAGUAAAAGUUAUCCUGUAGGCUCGGGCAUGAAGACAGCCCACCUUGAAGGAAGAAAAACAAAAACAAAAAAGCCGCAUAAACAAAUACCGCGGAAUUCAACUCCUUCGAAAUCCGAUAGAAAAGGCGUUCUCAGUAACACUGGAGCACUGGGUUUGUGGAACCGAAAAAUAUAAAUAUGAGUAGCCUGUCCCCCCGCCCUCCAUCCCCCUCUCCUCAUAAGCCUAGUAUCUAACCUGCUCGGUGUCCCCUUAACUCCCUACCUACUCCCUACUCCCGGUGCAGCCAUCGCUAUUUACAAUUCCAGGAAACUGCUCAGGUGAUGGCGUGACCCAACGUAGCAGCUAGUUGCUUGACGCGGGGUCGGUUGGCGGCAGCGUUCAUGUAUACCUUGGUGUUCGUCCUCGGCGGAGGUCGAGCGCGGACGUUAGAUUUUCGAAAAGAAACAAAGAUAUUCUCUCUUCAAUCUUAAGGAUUCCAUUCAAUAUCGGCUUUUCGCGGAAUGGCAGAGGUUAUUCAUUUGAGAAAUGGGACUUGAAAGAGCCCGGGAGAAGCCGAGAGAAGAAAGGGAUUACUAAGAAAUUGCGGUCGAUGGCUCUGUGUGGUUAGUUCGAUGAUGUUGACUUCCGUCAAAAUUUUGUAAGAAGAAGAAGAAGGUUAUGUCGUUCUUUGUGGUUUUGUAAUUCAUUUCAUCAUGUUUUACCUUCCAGAAAUGUAAAGUAUCUUAAAGAACACUAAAAUAAGUUGAUAAACUUACAAAGUGGAGAAAUUAGCUACAAGAAACACUUUAACUAAGCAAGUGAACAAAGAAAAGUCUGCGUAGCUACAACAGUUGAACAAAAGUGAAAACGCCGAGAGGUGGUAAAUAGAGGCUUCUUCUCCUUCUUCUUUUUGUAAGGAGAUCAAAGCUUUCCUUCCAGGAACAAACACAGGUGGUUCCUGGAAAUGCGUGCUGGAACUCGGUAGCUCCGCCGGUCAAGUUCAGGGCCGCUGAACCAGCAGGUGCUACCUCCUCCUACUCCAUUCCGUACCCCCCCCCCCUCCUCCCCAUCAUCCUCCGUACCUUACAAAAUUGCGCGCACGUACAAUUGAUUUAUCAUGGAUCGUCCGUCCGCUGUAAGAAGCCCGCGUAGACGCUCAGGUUCCCGAUCCAGAUUUUCGUAUGAAUCUGCUCAAGGCGGGAUCUAAACGCCGAAGACCGCUGUGGCGCGAAUGGCCUAUAGGUCUAGUUUGGAGUGAGAUCUUAAUGCUUAUGGCGGCUUAUGCCACUGGAAACCAAUGAAGAGAAAAGGUUUUUGUAAUGAUUUCUGCUGAAGCAGCAGCAUUCUGCGAUAGAAGGGCGACUAUAAAGCCGAAAGCUGCUUUAACUUUUCCUUUUUUGUGGGAAGCCACAGAGUGUUCUCACCAAUUGGAUACAAAGGUGGCCUGAUACACUCGAUCCCCGAAGUUGUACAAGAGCUGUUUGUUUGUUUGUGUUGGAGAGAUUGGCUCAAGGCUGAAGGUGACAGUUUAAAAGACGGUUCAUUUGAAGGCUCAAAGUGACAAUUUAAAACAGAAGCCCGGAUAUUAAUUUCUUUUAAGUCAAGGAAAGGAAACACAAAACCAAGUCGAUGAAAAUGGACUUUAUAUUACGUAGACGCCACAAGAGCAUGCUGCGGAUGGAAGAGGAGCUCCACAACCUUCAACUUCAUUCGCAGAGAUCGACGCCCUUGGAACCCCCGGCUUGCCUCCAGCAGGAUGGAGGUGAGGGAGGGGGAGACACAAGCCCAGAUUCCCCCAACGGAGUCCAAAUACACUACAGAGACGGCCAGAGAAUCAACUGGUUCGAGGGUAUCAUCGGCUGCCUGCGACCAGUGUGGACCAUCCUCGGCAAGGCAGCUCUGAGCGAGAAACAGUCACAGUCAGCCGACAACUGGGAGAUCCCUUUCGAAGAAGUGUCAAAUCUUCAGUGGCUAGGAUCUGGCGCCCAGGGUGCCGUUUUUCGUGGUCAACUCCGGGGGAGCUGGGUCGCCAUUAAGAAAGUUCGGGAAAAGAAAGAAACUGACAUUCAGCAUCUUCGCAAACUUAAUCAUCCCAACAUUGUCCAGUUCAUGGGUGUUUGCACAGCUGCACCUUGUUACUGCAUCGUUAUGGAAUACUGCCCCUAUGGCGCCCUUUACAACCUCCUGAAGGAUGGAAGGGACAUACCUCCUGACAGGGUAGCCAACUGGGCCAAGGAAAUUGCCUCCGGUAUGAACUACUUGCACCAACACAAGAUCAUCCACAGGGAUCUCAAAAGCCCCAAUGUUUUAAUUGGAAGCAACCAGGAAGUGAAGAUCAGUGACUUUGGUACGUGUCGUGAGUGGAAUGAUGUCAGUACCAGAAUGAGCUUUGCUGGAACCUUGGCCUGGAUGGCCCCAGAAGUUAUCCGAAACGAACCCUGCAAUGAGAAAGUGGAUAUAUGGUCCUUUGGUGUCGUUUUGUGGGAACUGCUGACAUGUGAGAUUCCAUAUAGAGAUGUGGAUAACUCAGCCAUCAUAUAUGGUGUUGGUUCCAAUUCCCUACAUCUUCCUAUUCCAAGUACCUGUCCAGAUGGAUUCAGACUGAUUGUUCAGAUGUGCUGGAAUAAUAAGCCAAGGAACAGACCAUCCUUCAAAUACAUUCUGAUGCAUCUUGACAUAGCAGCUGUUGAAAUUCGUAGCACACCUCCUGAAACAUACUUCAAAACUCAGAUGUCAUGGAAAGCAGAAAUUCGGCAGCAAAUGGCCUCGAUGAAUUCCAGAGGAUCGCACAUUCCUCACAUGGAGGAGGACUUGGUUAAACGACGGCACGAUGAACUGAAGCAUGCACAGGACAUCCGAGAGCACUGGGAACGAAAACUGGUGAUAGCCAAUGAUUUGUACUUAGAACUCUCAGCAGCUAUGCUACAACUUGAACAGCGGGAGAAGGAGUUACUAAAGUCCUCUUCCAGGCGGGAGCAUGCGAAUCAGAUUCACAAAGGUAAACGGAGAAUAGUUCGACCUUUGAUAAAAGCACAAGAACGCCUCCAUGCGCGGAAAAGCGGUCAGUUCACCUCUUCCAAUCCAACCAGUCCAGAAGCACCAACAAGCAAUACGCUGCCUCCGAAACUAACUUCACAAAAUCGCUCCAAGAAACCAUUAUACACUGAAAUGGGGAGCAACAAUGUUCCGCUGUCAACAACUCGUCCAGCAUCAUUGCAUGUCACUCAGACCCAUAGUAGAAUUUCCUCUCCAUCUCAUGGGGGAGGGACAGGAGGGGAUACAAAUCAGGAAACAGAGUUCGUUCGGAGUUCGAGUAGGCGCCGUCGUCAUCAGAGAAAUAAAAGUCAUGGAGGGGUUGUGGCUUAUAUAAGUUCCAGCCCCAGACAUAGUCCCGUGGUUGAUAGAAGAGGUUAUAGCCUAAGUCCAAGCCAAGAAAGAGUACCUGUACUUGUGGAUUCAGGCACUCAAACAGACCAUAUGGACAUGAGCGAAACAGAUACCUCACCAAUAAAGACACCAGGGCCACACAAACCGUCCACGCUUCCUCUUCAGUCGGAGGAAAAGGAUACUGGAGAAAGCAACCCUCCGUGUGGCCACACAGCGCUUGAAACUAGUCCUAAUGGCAAUACAAUUCCAGAGCAAAGUCCUUGCUGUGAACAUUGUCCCAGACAGCAGUAUCGGCGAUUUACCUCAACUGAUUCCAACGACUCAAAUAAAAAUUUCCCCAUUUCAGACCCAGUUGUAGCUAGGUUAAGCGAAGGUAGACAGAAGUACACUAUUGAAGAAACUCUACAGAUUCUCAAUAAUAAUGAAGAUGAUGUAGACAUUCUUCAUCAACUUGGUGACAAGUGGGAUGCUAUAGAGAGAGUGCUCGCGGAUAAAAAGGCAUUGCCAAAUGGCUACGUACGAGUGAAGCACAGUCCACUGAGAGUGUUCGAUAAGUGUAUUCCAGAAAAUGGCUUCCCCGAAUCAACUUCGUUGGACAUUGUUCAGUCCAAAUUAGAGGGAAUGUCACAAAGUCAGUCUUCAAAUGCUACAAAUGAAACUGAAGAGGAAGAAAAACACUCAAGUCUUGACCAGGAUAUCCUUAACAGAAAUUCUGACAUGGUUGCAUCAAGUGAAAUUGAUUCUAGUCACGAUUCAGUUGGUCACGAAGUAUCAGCAUCUGAAGAAGAGGAUGAAGAUGAAGAUGACUGUGAUGAUGGAUCUCUAGACGGCCACUACCAAAUAAAACGCAGAUGCUUCAUGCGUCGUCCAAUACCGAGAAGUAAGAAUCAUCGUUCAGUGUGUAUGACUCGCUCCAUUCAGAGCACCCAAAGCUCGGAGGGAGGUGUAUCAGAAGAUGAGGCCGGGCCAUCAGCUAGAGGACUUUUCUACACUCGCAGGAUUGGUCUUCAUGAUGGUCGAUUUCCUUUACGGUUAAUGAAUGGCAGAGCUGCAUCCAAUGACAGUGAUACCUCUGAUUCAGAUGAAGAAGAGGACAAUGAAGAGGAGGAUGCCAUCAGCGUCAAGGCAGCAAUACCUAACACCCUUGUAGACAUCAGUAAACCUAGUGCAACUGAAAUCCUUGACAGUUAAAAGUAAAAAAGUAAUCUACAUAUAACUUACAAAGAGUUUCAGUCAGGACUUCUCAGUGACUAGAUUGUUGGUGGUCUCUGCUUUACAAAAUGGAUCAUUCCCUACAAAGUAUAAAGCGAAGUUUCGGAUUUGAGAGGACUUAUUGCCUCAAAUGGAUACAAAUUACAUUAACAAACUGAAACUGAGUGCAAUAUUAAAGAAAAGUCAAGAGACGUGCAUUAAUUCCCUUUAGAAGUAAGUCUGUUAAAGGACUGUGAGGUGCUGGAAUCUUAUUUAUGGCCGAAAUGUGUUUUUCUAACAAUACACAUCCGGAGAACAGUGUAGCAUCAUAUUCUGAUGUUGUAUGUUAUAUAGUAAACAGUACUCCUGAAAUACUAUUAUAUGUUUGCUUCAUAUACAGUAACUUCCAAGAUUAUUACCAACAACUUCAAAAUAAAGUUUAAGGUUACCAAAAUAGACAAUUGCAUUUACAGAGACUUUCUUGCAUGCCGGAACUUAUUGUUCAUUCAAUAUUAACUAUUAUUACUCUCAAAACCUCUUGAGUGUUCAACCUAAGUACAGUAUAUUCUUGUUCAGUAACCUAGGGAAUAUCCAGAAAGCGCACAUUCCUUCAUUACUCUCGGAAGAUGGAAAGCACAACGUGGUGUGGACGGGUUCCAAGACAUUCCAGAUCCAUAGACAUUGUAGAAUCGAGUGCGGCUAGUUCACCUAAUGCAUCUAUAAGUUUUGAACAGUUUUGACAGUCAAGCUUGUAUUUCAAUUUCAUGAUUGUUGUAUUUAUUUCAAUUUUUUUCCUUUACAUGAGUCAUUUUACAGUUUCUCGUUGACAUUUACAAUGUUAUGUAUUAUUUGUUAUUUUUAUUUAGAGGUUUUUAGAUGAAUGGGCAUACUAUUCUUAUUCCAAACUGUGAAGUGUUUUGUAUCAUUGAUAGUAUUGGUAUGGCAUUUGUACAUUACAGUAAUUUAAGCUUUGAUUCAUUAUUUAUGCAACGUUAUGGUGCAGUCAUUUGUUAAGUUUGAAAAAAAAAACGGUUGGUUGUGUUUGUCUUACUCUAUUUCUAGUCUGGAGUAAAAAAAAAGAAUAAUCUCAAAUUCUGAAACAUUGACUGGAAGUGAGGCAACAUCAAUAUUGCUAGUUGUAUACAGUACCUAGUGGUUAAGGAAAGUUUCAUUUUGAAUGAAAACCUGACAUUUUCCACAUGGAUUUUCCAGAACGAUAUAUUACAUUAAUAUUAUUAUUAUUAUUACUGCAACAAAUCAACAUUUGUAAAUACCCUGUUUGACGCGAUCGUGGCAUUUUCAUUCUGCAAUUGCCAGAUCCAGAAACGAAUUUUGGCCUCCUCGAAAGAGUUUGGUGACGAGAAAGUGCAAAGUGUUGUUUCAGGAUUCAGGUAUGAUGAUAACCUCAAAGAUGUUAAUGAGUACCAAAUGAGAAAUUUAGUAUAUGCAAUUAUAGUGGUGUAAUAUUGGCAUGUACAUAUAAACUGCCUUAUAAAACUAGUUACAGUACCAUAGUUAUGCGACAGUACGUGGAUUGAAGUCGUGAUUGGGAAGGGUAUCUACCAUAAUAAGAUGAGAUGAUGAAGUUUGUAGUCAUUAUAAUAGAAUGAUUAUUCUGGUUAUCACCCAUACAAUUUUAUAUAUGACAACAGCCUGUUAGCGGUUAUUUUAAUAUAGCAGUACUAUAUUGCAGGAAAUAUGUGUAGUUGAAUGAAAUUAGAUACUCUGUAUUUUAUUAGUAACUAGUUAUAUAAGUGUUCAAAAUUGAUGGACAGAUAAGAUAACAUAAUAAUUCAGGUGUGAAUUGCAGCUAUACAUCCAGAGCUUGAAUUUGUCACAUUUUUAUCCAUAAUUUGCUCCAUUUGGAGCAUUUGGUGAUCUCAUAUCAGUACCAGGUGAGUUCCAAAGUACUGUAUUUAGAAACUGUUUCUUGGAUUCAUGUGAAAACAUGAGCAGACAACUUAUCACUAUAUAUAUAUACAGUAUAUAUAGUUAUCUCAGGCAGUCGCAUAUACUUGUUUGGCUGCACUUGAUGUACAGUAAUAACUUUCUAUGAGUACGUAUAUUAAAGUGUAAUGCUGCAGGCAACGUUUCAGCAACUUGUGAACCAUUGCUUAUGGUUUACAUGUUGCUGGUUAUCACAAACAAAAAAUGUACAAGAAGCAGUUAUGUGAGAAAUGCAAAGUACAUAUAUCCAUAAGUAACCAUUGCAGUUUUGGUAGCUGGUAAAUGAAAAGGUGAUAGGGUAAAUGAGAAAUGUUGCAAGUGACGUGUUUUGGGUUGCAUACUAUUGAUUCAGUAGGUCUUGUACUUUUCCUAAUAUCCUCUCGUCUUUGUAUAUAUGAACAAAUCGCUGUAGUCACUGAAAGUUUAAUCUUGAUUUCCCGAUGCCAUUACAUUUAAUUGCUCAAGGCACAGUGUCGUAACAUGCAAGAACUUUUAUUCGUGAAUUGGCGACUAAUUUUAACAAUUAAACAAAUUCUAGUACCCUUUUAGUUUGUGUGAAAGGAUAUUUGGAAUUUGCUCUAUCCCAGGAUGUGUGGUUGAUGAGUGUAUGAUGGUACAUUUUACUGUACAGUAAGUACAUGCUGUAUAGUGUAUUCAGUGCCAGUUUUAUAUCGAGAAAUACAGUAUCUAGUUUUAUUCAUUGUAUCAAUUGGUGGUAACACUGUGUAUAACUGAUACUGUUGUUUUUAGUUCUGGUCUUACAACACCACUUCAACUUUGUCACUAUAACACACUUUGAUUUCACAUUCUUGGAAGCUGUGCUUACUAAUGUGGAAAAAGAGUAUUUAUAAUGACACUGGCGAUUAGGAGUCGGAGAACUGUACCUUAGGGUAAAGUAAGGAAACUGCUAUAGAUUCUGAUGGUAUGGCUGUUAUUGACAGCACAAAAGUAUUUGUGCCUAUUUUUGUGCUGUAUCUCUAUAUGCAUGUGACUCAUUCAUAGGGAAAGAAAAGGAGAAAAUUGUACAUUUUUGGUAAGGUGUAAUAUAGGAGCAUGUAAUUAGGAAGCUCUUUUAUAAGAGUUGUAUGUAAGAGAUGCUGAAUUACACUUUUGAUUUGAGGUAAAGCUUUAUUUUAUGUCAUUUUUCUUCAGUACUGAAUGUCUUUGUUAUGAGAUGAAAUUUAAACCACAAAGUUCUUGUUAAAAUUGAUGUAUUUUAGUUUCAUAUUAAGAAAUAUGAAAAGUGGUUUUUUUAACGGGUUUUAAAGUUAAAAUGUUAUUUGCCAUAUAGAUAUUGUUUUAAGAGUGUCAGUGAUUAUUGCAUGUACUAUAGGGUACUUUUGUACAGUACUUGAGGUCAUUCUAACCAGCCUGUCGCAGUGAAGGUUAAUGCCAUUGUACAUCUAGCUGGAAUAUGUCCGGUCUUUACAAUUGUGAAACUAAGAUGAAAAAAAUUAAAUUAUAUUCAUGUACAUAAUAUGUAAAUUUUAGAGAGUGAGUAGGUUUGGAAAUAUCUUGUACAUAAACUGUAUUCCAAAUAUUUUUGUCUCCUGUUCAUAUCUAAUUAUGUAUAGCACUGUGUUUACUGAGCCACUAAAUUAUCGCUUAAAUUUGACAAGGGCUUCUGAGAAUCGUAUGUAUAUUUAUAUUUAUCGAUUCAAAAUCAUUCUUGGAAAUCUUUGACCCAUACAGUACCUAUUUAUUGUUCGCCCUUCUUGGGCGGAAGACCUAAAAGUGGUAGUAAGACUGUUAAAGAUAAUCUUAUUAUAUUUAAACCGAAUAAUUUUGUUGAGACAAAUCAGGUUAAUUUACAGAAAUUUAACUUUGCGCUACUGCCAUAGAAUCAUUCAUUGGUAAUUAAAGGUAAAUAAGCAUAAGGUGCCAAAUGGAAGUGAGGAAUUAUUUGCAUGAGUUGGCAGUGGGGCUUUUAUUUGCUGUGAAAAAUAUAAAAAUUCUCCCAGAAUCACAUUCCCUCUCAUCUACAGCUGUGUUAUAUAUGUUUUAUACAUCUGUUUUCUAUUCUUAAAGGUACAACUACAGUGACUUACUAAAGAGAUGCUCUCACAUCAAGUAAUUAGCAUUUAUCCUUGUUCCCCUUAAUUUCCUCCAAAUGUCUCUUUCAAGCCAUUUUCAGUGGUGGCCCUGGCUUUGAGUUUUGGUUUAAGGACUUUUCUUUCCUAGAGGCUACUUACGACUCAAAGUUGUCAAUUUAAUAUGAAACUUCAUCAUGUACUAUGAAACCUUUUCAAGUUUAUCUUUUUCUACUCAGGUAAAUGUUUUAGCAGUCAACUUUAAUUUCUUGGUUAAAUUUCUCAAUUUUUUUGCAGAGGUAACCCACAUCAAUUCAAUUCCUGGAUUCUUAUUGGAACUUAACCUCAGGCCACAGAAAUCCAGAGUUGCCACUGAUUAUCUCAUAUUCCAAUGUAAAACAUGUUGCCUUCAUAUUCUGUAAUAUCUGGAGAACCGACGUUUCUCUAUAUUUCUAAGUAUAUGGAAGUGUGUUUUUUAUGGAGACACUGAAACCUUUCCCCUUGUUUAUAUUCUUAAUUUAUUGCUCUCUUUCUCUUAUUCUCUGCCGUUUUGCCCAAUAUUGUUUGACACCUGUUUCCUUCUUACGUCAUACUUUCUCACUCUGACCUAAAGUCUCGUUCCCCGGACCUUCAUGCCCCCAAGUCACUGUUUUGGGGAAUAUGUCUGCUAAGGACAAAUACUCGACCCUCAAAAUAAAUGUGAAUUACAAAUA